CUAAAAUCACGGCAACAUCCCAGGAUUGCAGGAGAUACCCCCAUUAACCUAACUUAAAAUUAACUGAAAACAAUAGUUUUCUUUUAAAAAUUUAUUGAAUGAUUUUUACUGGCAAUGAGGGAAACUCAAGACUUUAAGGACUUUUCAAUAGAUAAUUGGUAUAAAGAAUUCAAAGAUGUAACUAUAAAAACAGUCAUUUUAGAACUUUCCCGUGAUGUUUUAAAUUGUUUUUCCUGUACUGAAACUUUAGAAGAUGAAAAUUUAGAGAGCAAUGAAGCUCCUUUUCCUCAAGAGUUUAAAGAUCAAGUCAAAAAUGCAUUUAACACGCUUGGUCGAAUUAUUUUUGUUAAGAAUAAUUGGCAUGCCCCAUCGGAUGCAAAAAUGUUUAGUUUUGGCAAUACCUUAAUAGCUGAAAACAUUGAUGAUAUAAAGCUUUAUCUCACAACAUCAGGGAUAAUUCAAGAAGAUUUUUCAACUGUAAAAGGAGUCACAUUUUGCUUGUGCUUAAGACCAUGGAUUAAUAUUCACCCUGCUGCAGAAUUUCGAUGUAUUGUUAUUAAUAAUGUCCUCAGAGGUAUUACACCUAGAGAUUGGCCCACCUAUUACUCGCAUUUUAAAGAAGAAGGACCACAAAUUAUUGAAAAACUUUUAACAUUUUUUGCAACAAAUAUAAAGGAUAAGUUUUUGAGGAAAAAUUAUGUUUUUGAUGUGGUCCUUUCUUAUCCAGAAAAGCCAUUUCUGUUAGACUUUGGAGCCCUAAACUGCAAAACAAACCUUUAUGCAUUUUCUUGGAAAGAAAUUAGCCCCCUACUCAACAAAGAAGUUCCAGAAGAAGUAGCUCCUGUCUUUAGGUAUCUGGAGUCAGAUAUAGGCAUUAUGACAAAAGGAGCUGCCUUGCAAAAAUUUAGAUUGAGUGAAUGAGCAUUACAAGUAUAUUGUUAAGGAUUUACUGAAUUGAUAUUUUAAAUGUUUAUUUUUACAUUCAUAAGCAAGUCAAUCAACUCUAAAAUAUAAUGGAAACUGACUAGAAGAACGUUAAGGAUUCGCCUAUGUGUAGGAAUAUACUAGACAAUUCUCAUAGGUAUUUGUUCAUUUAGUUACUUUGCCUCUGGGAAAAAUAGUAUAUUAUACCAGGAGAAAAAUAAAUAACGAAUUUUAUAAAUUACAUGCGAUUCUCAGCAUUCUCUUCUUUUCCUCCCCGGUUAUUAAUGUGCUAUAAAACAGUUGUUAAUUUGUAUAUAAAGUGUGAUGUCACUCAUUUUUGCAUUUAUUCUGUUAAGAUUAUUAUAAAGGGUUUUGUAGGCUUUUAUUUUUUUACUGUUUUUUUUUUAUUUAUUAUUGCUCUUAUAAUCAUGAUUUUGUCUGCAAACAUUUAUACAACAAAAAAUCGUUAUGAAUAUAUUGAAUAUAGAGUCAGUAACCUCAGCUCCUA